AUGUAUUAUGUAAAUAAACAAAUAACUAAAACAUUUGAGCAUUUACUUAAUUCACAUUGUAAAUAUAAUUCAAUUAAUAGUUUAAUAUCAUCACCAAGAAAAUCUCGUAUUUUAUAUCGAAUCAAUCAAGAAAAACUUAAGAAAUAUAAUUCUCAAUAUAAUUCAAAAUAUAACAAUGAACAUUUUAUAUCGAAUGAAAACAUAAAUUUCUAUAUUGAAGAAAGAAAAGAAAAUUCGAUGAUACCAACAAUACAAAUCUUAUCAAAAAAAAUAAUUAAUCAAAAGACAAUAAGUACACAAACAGAAUUUAAUAAAAAAAUUGAUUUGUCAACAGAUUUAAUUGGUCAAUCUGUAAAUACUCUAUCAAUUAUUCCCAAAAUAAAAAGUAAUUAUUACAAUGAAAAAGACACUGAACCAUUAAAUACCUUCCCAUCAUCUUCAUCAUCAUUUUUCUCUUCAGCAUCUAGUACUAAUAAGACAGCAAUAAAAAAUUCGAACUCAACAAGUAUUCAAUUAGAUUCAUACAAUAAAUCAAAUAGAGAAACAACAGCAAUGAAAAUUAAUUCAAAUGAAAGUCAGAACUCUGAAUUCAAUAACUAUCCAUCUAAGCCACAAUCAACAAAUUGUCGUGUUUAUAUUCGAUCAAUUGUUCAACAUAUGUUAGAUGAUGAGAUAUCCAGUGAUGAAUGA